AUGAUCAAUCCCACAGCUUUCGCAAAGACCACACGGAGCUCGGCGAACUGGGCCGACGCCUCCAAGCGCGUCAUCAAAGCGUACCGCGACUGGUACCGAGCAGCGCCCGCAAUCGUCAACCUCUACGUCCUCGAUGUCCCGACUCCGGCCGUCCGCGCAAAGAUCCGGCAGGAGUUUGAGCGCAGCCGCUACGUGCAGCAGCUGCCGGUCGUGGACAUGCUCAUUACAAAGAGCGACAUGGAGUUCCAGGAGACCAUGAACUACUGGAAACAGAUCCCCCAGCUCAUGAAGUACUUCCGCUCCGAGGAGGACUCGAGGAGUCAGGUUCCUAAGGACUUCAUGACGGGUUUCCUCGAGGUAUGCCCCAUGAAAAACUAG